AUGCAAUUGCCCUAUAAUAUAUGUUGGUCGAACCUGGAAAAUAUUAUCAAAGCCAGCUUUGAUGUUGAAGACAUCUUGUUAAUGUAUAUUGAUGAUGAUAAAGAAAAGAUUAAUAUGAAUAGUCCUGAAGAAUUACAUGAAGCCAUCCAGGUUGGUAAAAAGAAUAAUAAUAACUUGGACAUUGUGGUGCAUUUCCCACCUGCUGGUAGCCACAGAAAUAGUGAAUCCCAUUUUCAGUGUGUUAUGAACUCAUCAACUGACUGUUCAGAUUUGGAAAAAGGAAAAAAUAAAUCCGUGCAUGAACCUUCUGAGCUAACACUUGAUGAGGAAACUGGUGCCGUUAGUGGGUCUAAGCCCACAAAAACCAAGCUUACCAUAAGCAGUCCAGUUGUGCAUCAUUUUGCUGCAGAACUUGAAUCUGACAAACCUGAUGGAAGCCUUUGUGAUUCAGAAUCUGGUGAAACUUCACCUGCAGUUAGCAAAAGUCAAGAAAUGAUUCAAGAGAAUUCUGGUGUCACCAAUAAUGUUUCAUACCAGUCUUUGGUACAAUUGUUGGAGCAGUUAAAGCAUGAAUUGAAAACAGAGAUAGUUCGAGAUGUCAUCACUAAAACAGUUCAGCAGGUACUGGAAAAUGCUCCAGGAAAUCAGAAAGUGUCUGUAGAAGCUGCCAAUCAGACAGGACCACAGAUGCAAGACCAGCAGCAUCAUGUACUUCAUUGGCAUGAGGGUGUUACCUGUGAUGGUUGUAAACAUACUAUUGUUGGAGUGCGUUAUAAAUGUGGCAACUGUUUUGAUUAUGAUCUGUGUGAACAGUGUGAAAACCAAGUUGGAGUGCAUAAUGCAAAUCAUGUAUUUUUGAAAUUGCGCAGACCUUGUCGCCUAGCUGGUAUGAUAAAUGAGAUGAAACCCCUUUUGCAAUACAUGCUCUACUCUGAUGUGGCUGAUCAGCUGCCACAAUUUCAACAACAGCAACCUUAUUUGGUGAUUGACUAUGAAAACAUUCCAGAUGAUUUGCGCCGCCAUUGCAAAUAUUCCAAGACUCAUGUGAAAAUGGCCAAAAUGUUGAAUCGAAAAAAGAAAGAGGAGAAAUUGAUGGAUAUGCAGCGAAGGCAUGAAGAAAAAGGCAAACGUUCAUUCAAACAGUCACGGAAUUUGCCAGUAAAAAAAGAACGACUUGAUUUAGUUGACUCUGUUGAAAAUAUGGCAGCUGCUUUUGUGAGAGAUGUGACCAUACCUGAUGAUACUAAGGUGCUGCCUUCUACUCAACUUGUUAAAACCUGGCGGAUGAAGAACACAGGCAAAUCAGCAUGGAAUAUCAAGACUCUUAUGUGCUUGAAGUCUGGCAAUAUUUAUGCAAUUUCAAAUGAGGUAGCUGUCCCAUUGUUGUUGCCUGGUGAAGAAGGAGAUAUUACUGUACAUCUGUUAGCUCCCCCAAAACCAGGUAAAUACCAAAGCAAUUGGAUGUUAUAUUCUGGUUCACAGUCAUUUGGCCCUUGUGUUUGGUGCAGUAUUGUUGUGGAAAAUGAUGGACAGGCAGAAUCAAGUGUUUCUAUUAAGAACAAAGAAACUCUUGCAAAGGAGGGUUCACCUAUUCCUUCAACUGCUGUGAUGGUCUCUUCUGUUGACCAUCAGCAGGUAAGGACAGAAUCUCCAUCAGUUUCUAAGACAGAUAACAAUGUAGAUAAAGUGUUGACUAAUGCUGUGGCUGGAGCAAUGGCCAAACUGAACUUGGAGCCAACUAGUGGUCAUUUGCAGCAAGACCUACUUUCCUUUGAGAUGUUGAACAUGCAUGAUAGAUCUGUUGCCAGAGCUUCCCAUACAGCCACACCAAACAAUACUCCACUUGAUGUGAGUCCUCCCAAAUCACCAACUCCUGACAUGGAUCAGCCUACAGUCUCUAGUAGCAAUAGCAGCAGUGUAGAACUUCUGCCAGAAGAUAUGGAUACUGAAAAUAAUCACUUUGCCAGUGAACUGGCUCAGCAUAUUGGUGGCAUGACUUUGAAACCUGUUUCUGAAACAGAUGCUGAUGUUGAAUCUUUGGCUACAUUGAGUGAUGAUGACUCAAGCAGCCAGUAUGACAGUGACUUCUAUAUUGUCCCUCUGCCAGACUGUUUUGAUCCUAGCAAGCCACUCUUUCCUAGUGUCUCUGAAGGCUCCAGCCAAGGGGCAUGUCAGCUGGACAGUGGCAUUGAGGCACAAGUGGAUGAUAACCACAAUACAAUUGUAGCCACAAGCAAUAGCCUGCCUCCUUCACAAGCAUGUGCAGCAUCUGUUGAUGAAUUGAUGACUUGUACCAAUGUCAGUGUCCCACCUCCUUUGCAUCCAACCCUAGCCCUGGCUGAUGAAUCUAGCAAAGAGGUAGAGGCUGCCUCAUCUCCAAGCCCAAGCCGAACUGCACAUCUCCUCAGCCCGUCCAACAUGGCAGCAGAUGCUGCAGCUGCUGGUGAGUGUGUGGAUUCCAGUCCCAACAAUAUAUUGGUACAGUGCAGACAGCAACAGCAGCAGCAGCAUCACCAUCAACAGCAACAGGAGGUUGAAGCAGCAGGUGCACCAGCUGAAUCUGGACAUUGUGCUAUGCCCCAGCAGCCGGCUAUGUCAAGAAUGGACAUCAAUGCUGCCACUGGCAAUUUAAAGGAAGUAGACAUUUUACCCUCAAGCCCUUCAGAUUUUGCUAAUCAACUGAUGACAACUGCAGUAAAUGCUGCCUCUCGAGCUGCAGCCCAAGCAUAUUCAACAGCUAAAGAUGUCUUUUUCUCUCUGCAAGCAAGACCAGUCGACGGAAAGCUGGUGUCUGACAAUGUACAGCAAAUUCCCUAUUACCGGCAUAUUGGCUCGAGUGGCGUGAUUGGUAAUCAGAGCAUAAAUGUUGCAUCUGGCUCCACAUGUGGCACAGCUAGUGUUGGUGGUCAACGCCAGUGGCCCAAGCCCCAUUUCCAACAUGAAAUACGUUCCCCAAUGAAUCAACUCAUUGAGAUGGGUUUUGCUAAUCGUGAUAUCAACCAGAGACUGCUGGACAAACAUUGCAACAAUGUGGAAAAGGUUGUCCAGGAAAUUUUGCAGAUAGAAGGGAUUAUGGCAUGGCCCAGUACUCGCCACUGA